AUGAAGCUGAGUCCAUUGAUCUGUGGCGGUGCUACGUUCAGCAAGCAGUACAACGAGGACCCAGAGUCUCUCCCCGUCGUGGAGAUCCUAAGGAAGUGUCUUAUCACCCACAGACGGUGCUUCAACGCGGUGGAUACAUCGCCUUACUACGGCGACAGUGAGUUGCUCGUCGGGCAGGCGUUACGGGAGUUACAGAUCCCGCGUGGUGAGAUCUACGUGUGUACGAAAGUGGGUCGUGUGGGGGUUAGUGAGUUCGAUUACUCAAGGGAGAACGUGCGGAUGAGCGUGAUGCGGUCUGUCGAGAGGCUUGUCGGUGAAGGCGGGUACUUGGACGUCGUGUACUUGCACGACGUCGAGUUCCAACCGCAGGAGGCGUGUCUCGCCGCGCUGGACGAACUUCAGAAAUUGAAACGGGCCGGUAUUGUCAGAAACGUUGGCGUCUCAGGGUACCCUCUCUCCAAACUGUACUCCCUUGUGUCGUUAUGCUACGAUGCGGGGACUCCAUUAGACUGCGUACUGUCCUACUGUCACAUGAACUUACAGAACGUGAUGCUGGAGGAGUACUACGCGAAGUUCAAAUCAAAGGGUGUGCAGCACGUCGUGAACGCAUCAGUGCUGUCCAUGUCCCUGCUACGGUCCCAGAAAACGCUCGAGUUCCACCCGGGGUCCCCCGAAUUGAAACGCCGUGCUCAACAGGCAGCUACACUGUGCAGUUCCCAGGGUGUCGAGCUAGCAGACCUCGCGACGCAGUUCGCCUUGGAACAGUGGUCCGACCGCGGCCCGACCGUCAUAGGGUUCAGCACCCCGGAAGAGGUCACCCGCGCGGCAUCAAACCUCGCCGAGACCACCGCGGAACACACAGAUCUCGUCCACAGCGUCCAGCACAGCGUCCUGGGCGACCUCUUCAAUACCGAGUGGCCAUCCGGGUAG